CUCUACCCCUGGUCUCCAACUCCCUCUCCACUGUAUCUCGAAUACAGUAUAUAUGUGUAGAGAGAGAGUGUUUUAGAGAGAGAGAGAGAGAGAGAGAGUGAGAGAAGAUCAUUUUGAGAAAGGAGUAAAGCGAAAACCAUCGACGACAGCUAUAGGCCAGUCCAGUCCAUUGUAGGGUUUUCGUAAAACCGAAAAAAGCAAAAACCUAAAAAUAUCGAAAAAAGGCUUUCUGAAGAAGAAGGAAAGAAUAUAAAUGCAAUAAAAAACCGAAAUGUUGGUUCGGAUUUGAACCGAAAUCCAACGAUCCGUUUCGGGAAUCGAAGAUCUUCGCAUUGAUAUCGCACAGGAUCUGAUUAUUGAGUGCCUAGAAGUAUAUCUGUUUAUAUGAAGGAGGGCAGAGAAGAGAUAGUGCCACUGUAGCAAAACGAAGAUGCAAUCUGACACGCCUCUUGAUUAUGCUGUAUUCCAGCUGUCACCAAAGCGUUCUAGAUGUGAAUUAUUUGUUUCUAGGGCUGGAAACACUGAGAAGCUUGCAUCAGGAUUGGUGAAACCCUUUGUGACUCAUUUGAAGGUUGCAGAAGAGCAAGUGGUAUUGGCAGUUCCGUCAAUUAAGCUUGAAGUUCAAAGACGUAAAAAUGCUGAAACGUGGUUCACGAAAGGAACAGUUGAGAGGUUUGUACGAUUUGUUAGUACACCUGAGGUUUUGGAACUGGUCAAUACACUUGAUGCAGAGAUGUCUCAAUUGGAAGCAGCCCGAAGAAUCUAUUCACAGGGAGGGGGAGAUCAGCUCUCCGGCACAUUGGGUGGGAAUGGAGUCGGAGCCACAGCAGCAGCUGACGCAACAAAGAAGGAACUUCUGAGAGCUAUUGAUGUACGGCUUGAUACAGUUAGGCAGGACUUCACCACAGCUUGUGUUCGUGCUGCAGCUGCUGGUUUUACUCCUGACACAGUCUCCGAACUUCAAUUGUUUGCAAAUCAGUUUGGGGCCGGUCGCUUAAACGAAGCGUGCAGCAAGUUCAUAUCGCUUUGCGACAGACGGCCGGACUUGAUCAGUCCAUGGAAGGCCGGAGACGAUCGAGCCGUUCGAUCUUCCUGCGGGUCGGAUAUGUCCAUCGACGACGACCCGAUAGAAGAACAACAACAACGUGGGUUCCACCAACCCCAGUUCCAUCCCCACGAACAUGACAAGUACGCGACCGGCCGAGAACCAGACGCAAACCAAGAAAAACAAUGCCUCGUUGAGCAAUCAAAAGCCUCCACGUGUCAGCAACCCAAGUCCUCUUUUGUCACCUUCCCUUUACGACGUAGUAGGGAGUCAAGCAUUGAUAAAGACGACGGCAGCGAAAGGGACGGGGCUGUUGAAAAUGAGAAGAAAGAAGAGAGCGUCGAUCAGACCGAGUCAUCGUCAAAGGCUGCUCAGGCCUCCAGGCGACUCAGCGUGCAGGACCGAAUCAACUUAUUCGAGAACAAACAGAAGGAGACUUCUGGUAGUGGUGGCAAGCCCACCGUUGGUAAGUCUCCCGAGCUUCGGAGGCUUUCGUCCGACGUGUCAUCGGUCCCCACUGCAGUCGAGAAGGCCGUGUUGAGGAGAUGGAGUGGUGUUAGCGACAUGAGUAUUGAUUUGAGCGUUGAAAAGAAGGAAAUCGAGAGUCCUCUCUGCACGCCCACCUCUUCCUCGGUUUCUCAGACCAAGUCAGAAGACCGGAAGGGACAUAAUGACACUACAACUUCUGCAAAGCCCAGCAUCAAGAUUGUUACAAGUAAAGUUGGUGAUGAUGGUUUGAAAGAUCAAGCUGAUUCUCAGACACGAAUUGGAGUUACUUCCAACAGAGAAGAGGUGGCUGGGAAGAAGGCAGGGACAGAUUCUGGAUCCCAGUUGACGAAGUCUUCUGGCAGGUUAGAAGAUGCUUCUGAUUCUAAUAAGUGGACCUCCACUUUCGGGAAAGUUGAAAGUGAUGGUUUGAAAGAUCAAACACGUGGUAAGAUUCAGUCAAGGUCAUCAUUGGGCAGGGCUGAGGAUAACUGUUUGAAGGAUCAAGCAACUUCUCAAGCCCAAUUUAGAUCUUUACCUGGUGGGAUAGCAGAGCAGUUUAGCUCGAGGGAUCGAGGAAAAUUCAAUGGAACUAAGGAGGAAGUAGCAUCUGUGACAGAAGUUACUAGGCUGGAAGACCGUGCUGCUCCUCAAACCCAAUUUGGAGCUUUUGCAAGCAGAGGCACUGACGUUAGACCUGCUGGUGAAUCAUGUCAACUUCCACAUGGUGAAUUUUUGAACAAAGUGGAAGAUGUUGGAUCGAGAAAUCCGUCAGCUUUGCAAUCGCGUAUUAGAGCCCCUGUGAGGACAGCAGUGGACUCUACGCAAUUGGAAGGUAGCUCUGGUCUGAAAAAUCACGAACCCUUCGGCUCUCAGUAUAAAGAGACUGAUGUUGAUUUAAUAGCUUCUCAGCCCCGGUGGAGAUCCUUGGGAGAAGUUGAGGAAGUGAAGAAGAAAGACUUGCUGUCAUCUGAGAAUCAAGUGGAAGAUUCUGGACUCCAAAGAAUGAAGUUCCAGAAACAGGUUUCUGGCUCUGAACAGAUCAAGAAGUCACAGGGUAGAAGAGAUGAAAGCACUUCUCGUUAUGGAAGUGGCAAGAUGUUCUUCUCUGGUAAAAUGGUUUUGGAAGGUCAGGAGGGCUUUGUUUCAACUCCGGCGACACCCAUAGAGCAAGUUCAGCGGGUAAGGCAGUCUAAAGGGAACCAGGAACUCAAUAAUGAGCUGAAAAUGAAAGCAAAUGAGCUUGAAAAACUUUUUGCAGAGCAUAAGCUUCGGGUUCCUGGCGAUCAGUCCAAUUCUACAUGGAGAAGCAAGAAUGCUGAGAUGCAGGGUGAACAGGUAGCAAGUUUAUCGUACAGAAAACCAGCGGCAGAUAUUGCUCCUGCUCAGUUGCCUGACAAGAGCACAAUGUCUGAUGAUGCUGAGAGUUCAAGUAAUGUGACCAAGUUCAAUGCUAGCCCUUUGAUGAAGAUGGUAGACAAUCAGGAUUAUGGUGAUUCUCUAAAGCAGAAUUUCUCUGAGUUUGGUUUCUCAGAUGAUUCUAGAGGAAAAUUCUAUGUUAGGUAUAUGCAGAAAAGGGAUGUAAAACUGACGGAAGAUUGGAGUUCUAAAAGAGCGGAGAAAGAAGCCAAGAUGAAGGCCAUGCAGGAUAGCCUUGAGAGGAGUAGAGCCGAGAUGAAGGCCAAGUUUUCAGGGUCUGCAGAUAGACAGAAUUCAGUAUUUAAUGCUCGUCAACAUGCUGAAAGGCUCAGAUCCUUCAAUACUCGGUCAACUAUGAAGAGGGAGGAGCCAUUAGAUUUUGCACAGAGUGAAGAUGAUGAUGAUCUGUCCGAAUUUCCAGAACAGAAACCUUAUUAUCAUGAUAGGUCUUUUGGUGAGACAUCUUUAGGGGAUGGUUUUUCUAGAAGCACCCAAAGUAAGAAGCUUUUUCCCAGUAGAAAUUUGUCUUCAUCCACUCCUCGCAGCUCAGCAUCACCAAUUCCAAGGUCAGCUGUCAAAGCUUCUAACUCCAAUCCUGGGAGGCGAAGAAUGCAAUCUGAGAAUCCUCUUGCGCAGUCAGUCCCCAACUUCUCUGACUUGAGAAAAGAAAACACCAAGCCUUCUUCUGGAGUUAGCAAAACAACCGCACGUCCAUUGAGGAACUAUGCUCGCAGCAAAAGCAUCAGUGAAGAGAUACCCCUUGUCAAGGAAGAGAAGCCACGUCGGUCACAUUCAUUGAGAAAAAGUUCUGCAAGUCCUACCGAGUUCAAGGACAUGUCCCAUAUAAACUCUGAGGGUAUCGAUUUGACGCCAUUAAAGUUUGAUAAACAGCAGAGUGAAGAAAUUCUCUUUGAAAAAUUAACAAAGAAUGUGGAGUCGAAGCCAUUCCUUAGGAAAGGUAAUGGUGUAGGUUCUGGUACUGGGGUGGGUAUUGCCAAGUCGAAGACUUCAAUGGCAUCUGAGACUAUGAAUCAUGAAGACGAGUCCGAUGAGUUGGCCUUUGAGCCACUAGAUUCUAUGGAUGUGGCCGAAGAUGAAGAGGAAGAGCCUGAAACCUUUACAACUGAAGAUCAUAAUAGCAUGAAUAAUGGAGGGCCAAGAUUGAGCCCGGAAUCUGACAAAUUGGGGAAUUCUGUGUUAGAAAAUGGUGAUUCCCUGAUAUCUAUUUCUGAAGUGGAUCCUUCUUUGGUGACUCAAUUGCCUGCUGCUGUGCCUUCCACAUUUCAUGCUGUUGGGUAUUUGCAGGAUUCACCAGGGGAAAGUCCUGUCUCAUGGAACUCGCGCAUGCAUCAUCCAUUUUCUUAUCCUCACGAGACAUCUGAUAUUGAUGCCUCUGCAGACUCUCCAAUUGGGAGCCCUGCAUCAUGGAAUUCACACUCUCUUAAUCAGACGGAGGCUGAUGCAGCCAGAAUAAGGAAGAAAUGGGGAAGUGCUCAGAAACCUACUCUUGUUGCUAAUGUUUCCCAUAACCAAUCCCGCAAGGAUGUGACAAAAGGAUUUAAGCGGUUACUAAAAUUUGGAAGGAAAACUCGUGGGACAGAAAGUUUGGUUGACUGGGUUUCUGCUACAACUUCUGAAGGAGAUGAUGAUGCUGAAGAUGGACGAGAUCCUGCCAAUCGAUCGUCAGAAGAUCUGAGGAAGUCGAGAAUGGGAUUCUCCCAGGGCCAUCCUUCUGAUGAUAGCUUCAAUGAAAGCGAGUUUUUCAGUGAGCAAGUUCAAGCCUUGCAUAGUUCUAUCCCAGCACCUCCAGCCAAUUUCAAACUAAGGGAGGAUCAUUUGUCUGGAAGCUCAAUAAAAGCCCCACGAUCUUUCUUUUCUCUCUCGUCAUUCCGAAGCAAGGGAAGCGACUCGAAACCUAGGUAACUUUCUCAGAGGGAAAUGUCUGGAGCUCAAUUGAUUGGGAUCAUCUUCAAUGAUAAGGUGUAAAGGAUGAUGAUGAUAUAUAUAAAUAGCAAAUGAUUGAGGUAGGCACCAUACGACUAUCUGUUAUAGUUCUAUUGUGGCUAUAUGUAUAUCUGUGGAUUUGAGGCCUUCCUCACGAUUUAGAUUUCUGAUAGUUUUUAUUGAGAAAUAUGUGUUGUAUAUUGUAUUGAAAGGUCACCAAUUGGCGGAAUGUUAUCAUGUUUUUGGUAGUCAAAGCAUUCUUUUUUUCUUUUUGUUAAUUCUCAUUUGUACUAGGCACGUGUGAUGUAUAUCAGGACUUCUGUUAAAAUCAAAAUAUUGACGAUUAGAAGAAUGAGGUGAUUAUGCGUUGUAAUAGCAUAUAAAUGGUAGUUACCCUCGUAUUCUUCUUCUUCA